AUGCCUUCGCGUCUUGUGAUUGACCUCAUUUAUGAUCCUAAAUGCGUCAGAAGUGUGGUUUUUCUGACGUUUAUUCCACGCAAGCUCGUCGUUUCGUCGACGUGGAAGGAGGUGCUGCCUGGCAUCCAAGGCAGACAGAAUCCAUCUGGCUCUGUUGAAAAGGCCAGUCGUGAGCUUUAAUAAGAGGCCUUUCGCUCUUCUAUUCCCUCUACCUUGUCACCCCCAGAAACGGCUCACCUCGUAGCACUGCUUACUAAGACAACAUCCGCACUGCCAACAUGCAAAGCGCUAGGCUUGUAAUCGCUAUAUCGCUGGCUCUUGCCAUCCUUUGUGCAGGCGUCAAAGGACGUCCCGCCGACUGGCUUGGUGAGUUUGCGACUCUGAACGCAGUUGGAUCUCAUGAAGAGUCAUUGCUGACUUUUUUAGUGAUUCAGGUGGAAGAGCUUCCGUCUUAGAUCUCCAGAAGGGUUCAGUCAGCCCUUUGCCCAGCCGUCGAUCCGUACGGGUCGUUGCGAACGACGUUCCAGAUCGCAACAAUGGAAAGGUCCCUCCUAAAAAAGACCUUCCUAUCCAUCCGCCUCCACGCCGAUCUCUGCAAGUCAUUCCAAGCGACCUCUCAGGCCGCACCGCGAAAAGAGAGGAGAAACCCAGAGAUGAUGGUCACGAUCUGGGUAAACGCCUUCCGCUGCAAGUGUCGCCCAUCUCUGCCGAAUCGGACGGGAUCGGGCUGGAGAAACGGCAAGAGAAGAAAGCUAGGUUCAUGCCGCCCAUAUGGGUCCCACCCGUGAUCAACAAUCCCUACACCGGGUUAGAGAAAAGGCUCGAAUCGGGUGGCGAAUGUGUACCGCCUGCUUGCGUGCCACCCGUGGUCGACAAUUCUUACACUAGGCUAGAGAAGCGAAACUACGGAAGUAUAUGUCUGGAUCCCGAGGGAUGUGAAGAAGACCCACCCGAGCUCAAAAAUCGUGCCAAUAGUCCCGGAACCGGGCUAGAGAAGCGAUACUACGGAAGUCCAUGCCUGGAUCCCGAGGGAUGUGAAGAAGACCCACCCGAGCUCAAGAAUCGUGCCAGUGGGGGCUACAUUGGGCUAGAGAAGCGGCUUGAGCCUAUAUGUCAAGACCCUGACCUGUGCUACCCCCCAGCGGUCAAGAGCCGUGCCAACAAGGGCUACACCGCGCUAGAGAAGCGGCUUCAAGGAGGUUUCUGUGAGGACCCUGAGGAGUGUGAAGGCCCUCCGUCCCACAAAAAGCGUGCCAACGAGGGCUACGUCGGAUUAGAGAAGCGGGACGAGGGAAAGCAAGCGACACCGAUAUGCCUCAACCCCGAUGAGUGCGGCCCAGACAAGAUCAACGACCGUGCCAACAAGGACCACAUUGGGCUAGAGAAGCGGCUCGAGCCUAUAUGUGAAGACCCCGAGAAGUGUUACCCCCCAGCGGUCGGAACUCGUGCCGUGUGA